UCGCUCACACGCAAUCCUGGUGACGUCAUGGUGACGGGUCGCGUGUGCAAAAGUUUGAAUUUCCCCAUUGACUUUAUACACAUACAAACUCUGCAGUUCAUGUGGAAUACAAGGACAAAGUACGAUAUUUUCCCAUUCAAAGAACAAGUAGAGGUCAUCAUAGAUGAUAGCAGGAUGAUGAGGAUUAAGCAAGAGGUACAGGAGGAGAAGGAUGAGGAUGAGGAUGCAAACUCUGAUGGGUUUACAGGUGAAGGUUGGAUGCCGGUAGGAGAGGAAGAAGAUGAAGAGGAGAUGGAAGACGGACUCUGUGAAAGAUUAACAGCUGGAGGUUGGGUGUCAGAUAAUGAAGUCAUUCAGGUGGAGAUCAAGCAAGAGGCAGAGGAUGAUGGAAGUUUGCAAGCCCAAACACUUGGAGGUGAAAACAUUCUGUCAGUCAGAGAAAUUGACUCUCAAGAAGUACAGGAAGACAAUGAUGAUGAAUUUGCAGACUUUCCCUCAAAGUUCUACAUCAAGCAAGAGCCUUCUGACGAUGAUGAAAAAGACAUUGUUCCAUCAGGUGUAGAAGGGAUGAUCAACCAAGCAAGGGAUAGCUCAACUCUUACAACAAAUUUUGUGGCUCCUGAACAACCUUCCACAUCGAAAGGAGACAUUGCUUAUGGUGAAGAGGACUCCAUAGAUGGUGGUAAGUCUAUCAACAGAGGUGAUGAAUCUUGUCUUACUGUACAUUCAGGAGGAAAACUACAUCAGUGUUGUUGCUGUCGUUGCAAAAUGAAAUUAUGUCAGGAUGAUGCAAAUUCCUUGACAUAUGUGCGAUCAUGCAUGCAGAGGAAUGAAUGCUGCUAUUGCAAACAGGAAUAUUCUUGUAAAUGUGAUCACAGAGUGCAUCAUACACAUCCUGAUUAUAUACACAUUCCAGAGGGAUGCUCUGACAAACUCAACCAGACUGAUCAUCUCCAAACAGAUGUGAGGAAAAAACCAUUUCAGUGUUCACAUUGUAUGAUGUCAUUUUCUCAAAGGAGUACUUUGACCGGUCAUCUUCGAACACAUACAGGAGAAAAGCCGUAUGAAUGUUCUUACUGUAAUAAGGGAUUUUCUCAGAAAGGUAUAUUGACCAGCCAUCUUCGAACACACACAGGAGAAAAACCAUAUGAAUGUCCUCAAUGUCAAAAGAAAUUUUCUGGAAAAAAGUUAUUAACUCAUCAUAUCCGGCGACACACUGGAGAAAUUGCUUAUGGUGAAGAGGACUCCAUAGAUGGUGGUAAGUCUAUCAACAGAGGUGAUGAAUCUUGUCUUACUGUACAUUCAGGAGGAAAACUACAUCAGUGUUGCUGCUGUCGUUGCAAAAAGAAAUUAUGUCAGGAUGAUGCGAAUUCCUUCACAUAUGUGAGAUCAUGCACGCAGAGGAAUGAAUGCUGCUAUUGCAAACAGGAAUAUUCUUGUAAAUGUGAUCACAAAGCGCAUCGUACACAUCCUGAUUAUAUACACAUUCCAGAGGGAUGCUCUGACCAACUCAACCAGACUGAUCAUCUCCAAACAGAUGUGAGGAAAAAACCAUUUAAAUGUACACACUGUGAGAAGAGAUACUAUCUCAAGUCUCAUCUGGCCCGUCAUCUCAAAAGCCACACAGGAGAAAAAAAGUAUAAAUGUUCUUACUGUGACAAGAGAUUUUUUGUUAAAAAUGAUUUGACCCGUCACCUUCAAAGGCACAUCGGAGAUAAACCACAUGAAUGUUCAUACUGUGAGAAGAGAUAUUUUACAAGAUGUGAGCUGAUCAAUCACCUUCAAAGGCACACCGGAGAAAAACCAUAUGAAUGUUCAUACUGUGAGAAGAGAUAUUUUACAAGAUAUGACCUGACCAAUCACCUUCAAACACACACCGGAGAAAAGAUACAUGCAUGUUCAUACUGUGAGGAGAGAUAUUUUACAAGAUAUGAUUUGACCUAUCACCUUCAAACGCACACCGGAGAAAAACCAUAUGAAUGUUCAGAAUGUAAGGAGAGAUUUUCGGCUAAAAGUAGUUUAACCGUUCAUCUCUUAACUCACACAGGAGAAAUUUCAUAUGAAUGUUCUCAUUGUGAAAAAAGAUUUUCUGACAAAGCUGCUCUACAUAGUCAUAUUAGAACACAUACAGGAGAAAAGCCUCAUGCAUGUUCAUACUGUGAGAAAAGUUUUUUAAGAAGAAAUGAUCUGAACUAUCACCUUCGAACGCACACCGGAGAAAAACCAUACGAAUGUUCAGAAUGUAAGAAGAGAUUUACAAGUAAGAGUAAUUUAACAGUUCAUCUCUUAACUCACAGAGGAGAAAAGGUACAUCAAUGUCCACACUGUGAAAAGACAUAUAAUCGUAAGUCUCAUCUGAUCCAACAUAUCAGAUUUCAUACAGGAGAAACACCAUAUCAAUGUUCACAUUGUGAGAAGAGAUUUUCUAAGCAACCUGAUCUACUUCGUCAUAUAAAAACACAUACAGGAGAAAAACCUUAUGAAUGUUCACAUUGUAAGAAGAGAUUUGUUCAGAAAAUUCAUCUGACUCGUCACAUCAGAACACACACGGGAGAGAAGCCAUUUAAAUGUUCUCACUGUGAGAAAACAUUUUCUGAAAAAGGCAGUCUGACCAAGCAUCUCAGAGUACACACAGGAGAAAGACCAUAUGAAUGUCAGCAAUGUAUGACAUGCUUCUCUAAAAGAAGUACUCUGGCUCAUCAUUAUCUCAAAAUGCAUGGAGGAGAUAAAAACAUUUGACGGUUAAUACCAUACCGUGAGAAGGGUUUCAUUUAAAAACUUUAAAAUUAUAAACUUAAAAAUAGUCUUAUUUUAGGGUGUCUAUCAUAAGCGAGUGUACUCCCUAAUGUUUGGUAUUAUUAAGUAUAAAUGUAUUUAUUUACAGCUUCCUUUAAUAGAAAUGCUCCAUUGCCAAUCCAGGGAGGCAUUUAAUAUGACUCCAAGAAUGCCAUU